AUGAAGUGUGAUGAUGGAAUAACCAAAAAUCUUUUCAUUGCGAAUGAAUUCAUCGCCAUCGUUCGAAUUACAUUUUCGACGUUCAUUAUCGGAACAGCUGAAGAUGUCAACCAUACAACAAAGAUAUCCACGAAUGGAUUGCAAAAGAAGGCGGAAGAGUUGAAGGAAAAGUUAGGUUUAUUAGCGGGAGGGAAGAAAGAACAACAAAAAAUUACAGCAACGAAACAAAAAUUAAAAAACUUAAGAAAGAGUAAGUCACCGAAUAAGAAGACUGAGACAUCGAAGCAAUAUGAGAAGUCAUCGGUAGAUAAAAAGAUAUCAAAAGGAAUCAAGAAAGGUUCCAUACGACAAGAAAAAUUCUGUUCAGUUUAUCAAACUACCAGUGGAAAUGCUGAAAAGGUUAUUAUUACACGGAUGAAACUGAAACAACGCCUUUGGUUGUGUAAGGAAAGACAUAGGAGAAGUAGCAUAUGUGAAGAUUCCGCAACAAGAAAUGGAUUGAUAUUUUUAACUUUUGCAAUAAUUUCAUCUUUCUUACUGCUAAUAAUAAUAAAUUGGAGCUUUUAUGAUAUGUAUGUUGCUGAUUCCAAUCGUUUUGAUCGAUUAUCGAUCGUUCAAGUAACUCGAAUUUUUCCUCAAGGAGGUGAAUAUGUAGAAUUCAAUCAACCGUGGAUUUUACCAAAUACAAUAAUAAUUGAAAAUAUCGAAGAUAUCAGCCAAAGCGAACGCUAUCUAAUAAGUAAUUUUUCAUGGAGCCCAGGAUUGGGUAAUUUAAUGUUCCAAUAUGCAUCAUUACGAGGAAUAGCUGAGAGAUAUAAAGCAAAAUUAAUUGUCCCCGUGAAAUGUAAAUUACGACGGGGUUUUAAAUUAGAUGCAAUUAUAGUAAGCAAUAAGCUUAAUGAUGAACUAAUUCAACGAUACAGCGCAAAUGAGCAUCAUUUUAUGGAAGAUUUGAUCCGUAAACAAUUCACCUUCUUACCAGAAAUUAUCGAACGAGCGGAUGAGUAUCUGCUAAAAGCUAAAUACAAGAAAUAUCAUGCGGAAACUGCAGUUAUCAUUAAUCUUAACCAUCAUAAUCAAAUGAAUAUCACUGAAGACUUCUAUGAUUAUGUAUACGUUGGAAUACACAUACGAUAUGGUAUGGAUAUUACAAUGAAUAGUCGAAAUAUAAAAUAUGGUCAUAAAGCUAUCACAAAAGACUAUAUUAUCAAUGCAAUGAAUUAUUUCAGAUCAAAAUUCGAUAAGUUAAUAUUUGUGAUAAUCAGUGAUAACUUACAUUGGGUUGAAACAAAUAUCAAGCAUAUUUAUAAAGAUGAAAUUUACAUUGUAUCAUCGGGUUAUCGUGAAGUUGAUAUGGCAACAUUAAUUCGUUGUAAUCAUACGAUAAUGAGUACCGGUACUUUUUCAUGGUGGAUUGCUUAUCUGACAAAUGGUACCACAGUGUAUUACAAUGAUUGGCCAAGACAUGAUUCAGUACUGGCAAAAACAAUGAAAAAAGAUGAAUAUUUUCUAAAUAAUUGGAUACCGAUGGAAUAA